CACUCAGUCAGUCCUAUCCCGGGCGCUGCUCCGCGCGGACACUUCCGAGCAGGAAUCGCUGAGGCGACCCACCCCGUGAAACCGGGAGAAGAGACCAGCCAGGCGAAGCUGAGCAGCUGUGACUUUUGAAAAAGACUCUUUCGCCGACGCCACUGUCGAGUCCAAGCCGUCCCAUGGUGAUCAAGAGCGGAUAUGUGGACGUGAAGCUGCCGCAAAGCGCCCGCAACAGCAGCACUUGGAAGAGCUGGAAGCGGAAAUGGGUCGACCUGACCCAGCUGGAGUCGGCAUCGGGCCAGCCGUGCGACGUGCUGGUCGAGGUGCGCCCCCACCGCAACUCGGGCGUCCAGGCCCGCGGCACGCUAUCGCCAAAGAACGCCCAGGUGUUCCGGUGCGGCUCGAGCACACGAGAGUUCGCCGUGGCCGUGCGCUCGGGCCAGCGGCCGCCCAUGGUCUACCUGGCAGGCGAGAGCGAGACGCAGAGCCAGGAGUGGAUGGCCGCGCUGCGAGCGCUGCUCUGGCCACCCGUGCCCAUGGUGGAGCUUGAGAACGUUCUGGGCUUCAAGUUCGAGGCCUCACUCAUCGACGACUCAUGGAGCGGCCGCGCUGGCCUCUUGGGCAGCUACGGCAAUCUCUCCAUCAGCGGUCACAAGCUGAUCCUGACGCAUCCGCACACGGAGCACGUGAUACAAGAGUGGUACCUCAACACUCUCGUCCGGUUCCAGGUCUCGCGCAACAAACACGAGGCAGACCAUGGCAAGCUGUUGGCCAUCGAGUGCGGAAGCGAGAGCUCGACGGGGAGAGGCGUGCUGCACUUCUAUUGCCCUGAAGCGCUGAACUUUGUCUACACUCUGAGGGGCGUCGUGCAAGGCAUCCUCAAGCGUUUGACCCCCGAACAAUACAGCUGGAAAGAAGUACACGAGAUGCAUGGCCGCACUCCAGCGCGACGCCAGGGCUCCGCUCAGCAGCAUCGCCAGGCAGCCAUUGAAGACUGCAAUGGCUACAGCGUGCCCAAAACCAACGCCAUAUCCGUACUGCAGAUGCCCACAUUCAAGGGGCCCCUGCCUCCUCCUCGACCGGACGAAGUGCAGGGAUUCCCGUGCUCUCGCCAGUCUCAUCUGUCCAUCUCCACUUUCGACUCCGGAAUCUCGGUUACGUCAGCUCACGUCGACAGCGAACUCGAGUCGCCCGUGUCCGAGGUGGCGUUCAGCGUCAGCAGCGAUAUGGAUGAGCGCAUUUACGAGAAACUCGACGACGUGCUGCUGAGAAGGCCGUCGCUGGAGAAAGAGAACGACGUGCCGCCGCCACUUCCUCCCAAAACUCACAGGCGGCGCAAGUCGGAGCCAGCUAAAACCGCGCCAGUCGAAGAAGGGCAGAGCAUGGUCGAGCCGUCUCCCAACGAACGGCAUCUGAGACCUUACUCGAUGCCAGCCGAUAUGACAACCUGUCCAAACGAAAGCGGCACGCAUGUCUCGCCGUACGGGUCUAUAACGAAGGCCACCAUCGUGAACAGCCAGAUUGUGGACGACACCGCAGCUGCCCCAGCAGAAGAGCACGCUCCACAGGUCGCCCCGUCAUCUCCGCCUCUUCGGAAUACGGAGAAUGAGGACGUCGGCUCGAUUUCUCGAGAAAACGUGGUUUCCCCUGCAGACGAUGACGUCACCGCCAGCGAAACGCCAGGGACACGGGAGGAGACAGCGCGGCGUAGAAGCCACCUGCACAUCGCACUAGAGUGCAACAGCAACUGCCAAGUUCGCCUAAGCGCAGAAAUUGUCGGCGAACAAAGUCUGAACAAGGAUAGAAUUCGUUCCCACUCGUUGGUUGCCUGCCACGAUCAAAUGUUGAGGCAGAUGAGACGACAACGAGCGGGCAGCUUGCCCAGCUUGUUCAUACGUUAAAGGUUUUGCCAUGUAACCACCAUUUUUUAAGUGCUUAUUUAUCGAUGAUGCGCUGCAAAUGUAUGCCGCAUUAGGCCAUCUCUUUUGUAACAGCCAUCGAGCUAGUGUCUUUAGGUCAUUCCUGCAAACGAGAAAUAUUUUUGCGCCUUUUAUACUAAGCAAGCUGAUGUCCAGGGGCUGGAUUCCCAAAACUUUUCGUUUGCGAGUGCUCUUUGCCAUUGGCCAGUUGGCUUCGCUAACAAUAUGUCCAGCAUCUCGAUUGGCCGAAAGUUUGUUACAGACCAGUCUAGUGUAAGUUGCCUUUGUGAAUUAGGGCCCGGUAUGGUAUUCAUUAACUUGCGGGAAGCAAAUACUUCGACUUGUAAUCAAAGCGGUGUUUGUCUCGUGCAUGUUAACUUGCGUUUCCAUUUCCAGUUCCUGUUUAACACAUACGGGCGCGCAACUGCGGCACUACUCUGACUUCUCAGGGCUGAGCACUUACCUGUGUGUUCCUUAUCGCUAACCUGCAUACUCGCUUCUGGUUCGCGCAUACAUUUACGAGAAAAUGUACAAAAUGUAUAAUAGCAAGAGUGUAUACUCAACGGUCACUAGAACCCGAAGAAAAACAACACUCGUCGAGCGUCUUUUUACACUUAUCAAGAGUAGUUCUUCAAAAUUAUAUGGUGAAGCCUAAUCGCAGUUACAAAGAAAAGGGUAUCUAAUUUUUUUCAUCGUUACUGAAGAAAUGUAUAUUGAUUGAACAUCACCAACUUCAGCCGUAAACAUUAUGAAUCGGCACCAAAAUCUUCCCGUAUCGGACUUCAAUCAUUUUUCGUUUGUAUGUGUUGUCUGUAAUGUUGUAGUGGAAGGCAUCACUGUGGCUGGCUGUAAUUGGAAUACUUCCAGGUACACAUUUCUCGAAAAAUAAUUGGCGCCGCCAUUCAGGUGGCGAUACGCACGCACAUGCUGCCGGGCCAUGGCGUACAGGGUGAUAAGCACGGUUGACCCACCGACGAGGCAUUCUUAUGCAAAGCGCAAUUUUGUCUAAGAACCUAAUCUACAGAUACAGAGCGAUAUUUAUAUCAGGCGUUUAUGUUUUAGAGACGUGUUUAGCGUCCUUAUUCAGUACACGAUGCAAAGGAAUGACGGACGGCUCUAGAUCUGCAAUAAGGGACGAAGGAGCAGUUUAGAAAAAUUAAUUUAAUGUUUUGGAUUUGUCAGAGUUAAUUUGGCGCAAAACAAAUUUAUCCGCCUCGAAGAUACUUCCAUAGUACAGAAAAUGAAGGGCCAGAUGCGGCAGAUGAAAGCAUCUGAUUAAUUGCCAGCAUGGUAGCUUUCACUGUUAAUGGGCGGUAAGAACUAUACAAUCACUAAAAUGCAUUGAGUGCCACUUCUAGGUCAUUCGACGUAAUUACCUCAGAUGUAGACCUUAAUUAUUUGGCCUAGUGUUCGUUACGAAUGGUCCAUAAUACUAUAGGCUUAAAAAAAAAAAAACGAACUGUGAAUAUUGCCGCGGCUGUGAAGUACUGACGUGUUUUUCAAACCUCUCGAUUGCUCAUACUUGUAAGAACGCCUUUGAGUGGUAGCAAACGUUUAGGGCGUAUGUUUUGUUGACCCAUUUGAACACUUGUGAAUGAUAUGGAUGAGCUAAAAAUUACAUUCAAUUGCUGUAAUCGAGCGGCAAUGCAGUGAAAAAGGAAAGUAAACGUCAGUAGAGUGCGCGGAAGCACUUUGUAAAGGCUUCGAGACGUUACCUGAAGAGUAGGUGAAAGACGCAGCGAGAUUCUUGUACAGUUAGUUGUAGAUCUGACGAAAGACUGCUUCUACGCUAUUCGUGAUGCUGAAGGCAACAAUGAGGGUUUGCGGCACAUUUCACUCGUGACGGGCUUGUCGGAAUGCUGAUAUGGCGCGUUGGAAACCCGCAGGGACCGUUGCGGCCACUAUUGUAAUGCAGAAAGUAUCGGAAAGCAUGGGAGCCUGAUCAUGUUCGUAAAAAAUAUAUAUAAAACAGUUAUGCAGGUUUCGAGAGAAGAGACCUCAACGGACGUGCGUGUCUGACGUCAGCCGCCGGUCGGACUGAUGUUCUCACUUUCCGUCUGUCGCGAAGUUCUGCGCCAUCGUGUCGCAUGAUCAGGGUGCGCGGCUUUAACGCGUGUGCUUAGUGGCAUUUCUUCCCAUUGUGAGCGCCGCUUAAUUACAAGCGGCAGCACAUGCAUAUUCUGUUGUUUCUUUUUAAACACACGUGUGUCGUCUCAGUUACUUGUUUCAUUGUGAUUCACUGAGCCCAAUUUAUAUAUCAAUGUGUAUUUGUACAGGCGCAUUCUGUAUCAGCGUGUGUAUGCGUGUGCGUCGCACUGCAAUACAUUCAAGGAAACAGUGUACAUAUGUGCCAUUUUCAUUAUGUACCAUAAAAAUUCAUUUAUAAUAAAUGCAUCUUCAUUCAA